GACUUGCGUGCUGUGAUUGACCACUUCCUCAACUGCAUGGCCCACUGGAUGCCACAAUGGUUCAAUAAGCCAAAGUUUCACAUUCUUCGGCACCUCCCUGACCACAUCCAGCAUUUCGGUCCUGCAAUCCUAUUUGCUACAGAAGGGUUUGAAUCUUACAACGCCAUGAUCCAUGACCACAGUAUUCACAGCAACAGAAAAGUGCCUUCCUGA